GAUGCAAGGGAUGCACACAUGUGCUUCGUGAAUGGGGAUGGCAAUAGUGGACUAUGACCAUAGACAGUUUGGUUACACUUGUGUCCACAAACCCCUCAGGCAGCAAGCAUAGCAUCCUCUCCUCGAUCUCGCUCAUCGCUCAUCCUUCAUCAACCAAUCUCACCUCCUCCCAUGGUAAUGAAUCCGCUCGAGAUCCCAGAAAUCCUUUUCCUGGUUGGCCAAUAUAUCCCUUUAUGGGACUUUGACGAAUGUGACCCCGUGUUCCAGCCCAGGAAUCUUCUUCCUUUCCUAUCGGUCUCGUGCUGCUUUCGUCGAACCCUGCUCCCGGUCUUUUGGCACACCGUGGAUGGAUAUGUCAUGGGUGAUGUCCCUUUGGAUGUUCUCCACAAAUACGCGCCACAUGCACGAGUUUUCUAUUAUCGCUCUCAGCUGGAUGAUUUCUUCGUGGACACGGUGCCUCCUUACAGACAACUCAUCGAACUGCAUGCGUUUGGCAGCUACAGAGCGAUGGACCUUGCCAGAUUGAAUCCAAAUCUGCAGGAAUUCGUCUUGGUUACGCGCAUCCCUGUGGCCCUCGACGAAACCAUCUUCGUUUCUCUAAAGCAAUUGAGACGUCUACAUCUGUCGUUCGGAGGUGACCUUUAUGACCAGAUGGACCAUAUAUCCUUCCCCAAUGUGCUGCGACUGAUUCCGCCCACUCUGGAAUCACUGACUCUAUCCGUCAAUGUCUUUGGAGUUGCGUGUCAAGGACAAGUCGGAUUUCCGAAGCUCAAGACGUUGGGCCUCAGAGGCGACCCGGGUCGACUGCUCGAUCGAAUACCACUGAUCUGCCCAAAUCUGGAAACCAUCGAGGUGGACGCAGUGUCGGAUGCGUCAGUCGAAAGUCUGAAGGUAUUAUUCCGUUCUGGGGCCUGUCCUCGGCUUGUCAACUGGUCCACGACUGUUGUCUUAGCGCAUGAGACACAAUUCGCAGAGAUUCUCAGUAGCCAUAGGCAGGGGAUCAAGGAACUGGAUAUGAGGCUGAGGGAGAUGCCCAAGGCUGUACAGAGCGCGAUCAAACAGCAUGGUGAUACACUCAAGAGCCUGAGUGUCCGCAAUAGCACCAUGCGGAAGAAUCCUACAUCCUCACUGGUGGAUAUCCUACGAACGUGCAGUCGAUUGGAAGAGUUUGAGUACGAAAACUGGUAUGGGCAUUGGGAUGUGGGCGAAGUUAUGGAUACAACGAUCUGGAAGAACCCUGGGCUCUUGAAGAGUUUGGCGUUCAGGGGUAACUGGGCGACGGUUUGCAAUAUGAAGAUCGGAGACCUAACGCUGUCGCCUCCGGAUGGUGAGACAACGAAGACAUUGGCCAGGACGUCGAUUCGAGGCUGGAGGGUGCAGAAAGAAAAGCUCGAGCACAAUAGGGCGGCUCUGGAGGCACUUUUCGAACUCGCAGAGGGAUUCGAGCAGCUCAAGGUGAUCACACUGAAUCGAGCCACGUAUAAGAAAUGCCACUGAUGGCAUACGAGGAUGAAUAAAACGACGAUCGCUUCCUCUGUGUCUCUCCAGCUGGAUCUUAUUUAUUGCAAUAGGGGCAAUAGGAGCAUCAGGAAAUUAGUUUAGCCGCACGUGUACAAAGACAGGAACGCCCACAUGGA